UGAAGCUGGUGUUCCUCAGGGUGCUGUUCUCUCGCCGUUUCUCUUUUCCUUCUUCUUACAUGACUUACCUCUCUCAGACGAAAUCAACUUCGUCAAAUAUGCAGAUGACCUGACUGUUUCGCUUCCCGUUAAGUCUCAGUCAGACUGCUUCAAAUUAAAUAGCUUCCUGUCGGACAUCAGUCAGUGGUCUAAACUAAAUGGCCUCAUGCUGAAUCCCUCAAAAUGCCAGACUAUUGACUUCUCCUUUAGGCAUAAACGAGAUCUACAAACACUAGUAAGCACUCAUGAUGCCUGUAGCAUUGAGGGGACUAAAAUUGAAACUACGUCUAAUGCAAAAUACCUCGGAUUAGUUCUAUCUUCCGACCUUACUUGGUCAUCUCAUAUCCUAACGAUUUCUAAGAAAGUGUUCCGUCUAACCUACUACAUUAAGAAACUCAGACUAUCUGGAAUCACCCAACCUCUACUUUCACAAUUUGUCAACUCUCGUAUCCUACCUAUUCUACUUUACUGCUCCCCGUUAGUCUUUCCUGGGUUACUGAAAAAGGACUAUACCAUCCUGAGAAGGAUGUUGAAGGUAGUUAGUAGGACUAGCGGUGUAAAACUCAGUCAGCUCGUCACUACAUUAGUGGAUAAGCAUCUGAAUACAUGCGAGAAAUGGACUAAAACCAUACUCUCUGACCCCCAACACCCCCUCUAUUCCCAACUCUCUCCUUGCAUCUCAUCAGGUAGAACCAGAAAUCAGUACAAAAUAAUAUAUGCUCGUACAACCAAGUAUAGGAACUCAACGAUACCAUAUUUGGCCCGUGUUCUAAGUGACAGAGACAAUGUUAAGCGUGAAACCUAUGACUUGCUUUGUUGUUAAUAACAUAAUUUUGGCCC